AUGGUAGAUCUUGAUGAAGCAAACAACUAUUUUGGGUUUUAUUACGAGCCUAUGCAUGAAAUUGAGCAAGGCUUGUAUCUUGGAUGUAUGAGAGCUGCAGAGUGUGAGGAACUGCUCAGGGCACACAAUAUCAAAUAUAUAGUCCAAGCCUUAGAAAGCCAAUACACAGAAAGAUUUGAUUGAAUAACUUAUCAUUUCGUUGAAAUUUGGGAUAAUCCUUACCAAGAUUUAGCUAAACAUUUACCAUCAGCUCUCCAAUUUAUUCAUCAGCACUUAUCAGCAGGCGAAAAUGUCCUUGUUCACUGUGCAGCAGGGAUAUCCCGAAGCUCAUCAAUUGUAAUUGCCUAUCUAAUGGGGAAGCAUUUAAUAGAUUUCUAUCAAGCAUUUGAUAGAGUUUCCUCAAAAAGAAGCUGUGUUAGCCCCAAUUUUGGCUUCCGAAAACAAUUGAAAGACACAGGAGAGCAACAGCUACGAACCUACCUUAUAUUAUAGAAGUUUCCUAUGUUUGGCGCUGUAAGGCCGAUAAAUUCUGAUCGGAAUUUAUCGGUUGGUUGCACCAAAUCAAUGCCUUGGUCGGACCAAAAAGCGAUUUGGUCCGACGAACUUGGAAAGCUCCUGGGAAAAUGUCUGCGCUUUUCAGCGCUAUAUAGAGGAAACCUCUAUACCUUAA